GAGAAGGUGAGACAAAGCGGAUCUGCCUGUGACGCGGAAGAAGUCGACCUACAGCCUCAUUCCCAUGGUGCAUCCGGGAGGCGGUGCAUCCUGGAAGACAGGUAUAUAGUUUCAGGGAGACUUUCAGGCUGCUGUCAACUUCCAGUCAGCUGGCAACCAGUGAGCAGCUUCCUUCUUCGCUCCUACGUCUAUACGGGUAAACAUAUAGAUACUACCUUUACAACAUUCAGACAACAUGUUCCAAAAAGUCUCCUUUCUUUGUCUCAUCGCUGUUGUCGGCGUUACAGUCGUCUCGGCACAGACGUCUGGUCCGGUACCUGUUGAUGUUAAAAUGCAGUCUAAGGCACUGGUCACUAUGAUCCGAAGUUUAGUGACGGGGGCAAAAGAAGGAACAACACUUGAUCUUCUGCAUCAGAAUAUCCAAGACCUGCAGAACUUCGCCUUAGACUUGCUCACGCAGCUACCAGGACAAGUUUCAGAGUGCAACACUCAAGCUAUCAUUAAGAUGGCAGCAGCGGGUACCGGAAGUCACGAGGUGUUGCAGGUCUUGCUGGCAAGCGACUCUCUCGGUAUACUCAGCGCCCGUCUCGACCUGUGUCUAGCUAUGAUGAGUCAAAUCGCCCAGCAGUUCGAGGGUGAACUGACUCUGUCGUCUGAUGUUAGCCCCUACGUGGCAGCCACCCUUUUCGCUACCAACACCACAAUGAGCGUCAUCACAACGGCCGACAAAGCUGUGAAAGAGAUGGCUCUACUAUCCCGUACUUCCCAGCUCGGAGCCAACCGCGUAAAACGACAGUUCAACGCCAAUCUGGGCGGCGGGUGGAGUGUGGGUCUGAGUGGAGUCAACUGGCAAAGCAGGAGUGGCAACGCGCAGUUCAACCUGAAACCAACUUUCAGCGGAUUUAACCCGACGGCUUCCGCGCUGGAUUCACCUUUCGUUUCUAGACUGCCGGCACCACGAUUCACUCAAUGAAUCGGUCAUGUCCUGAACAGACAAGUGGAAAUGUAUGGAAAGAGAUUUUUUUUUAUUUUUUUACUUUAGGUGUGAAAAUGUCUCGUGUCAUUGUUUCAAAUGAAAGCUGAUCGAGAGUGUUGUAGGUGCCAUCGUCAUCUCCUUGGUUCCAUUUUUCCCUUGGAGACAACCCUACAAUCUCAUCCUUUAUCGGUCUAUUCAUAAUUUUUGAAGUAUUCUGAAUGUCAGGUCUCUGCAUUGUUAUAUGUUGUUAAUCCAACUCUUCUUUUUGGUGCCUCUUCUUAAUUCUGCCUAUAAUUCUCUGCUGUCUUCUUCACAGAUUUACAUUUUGCAAGCUCUUUUUACCUUGAUAUGCUUGUACCGAAUUAGUAUCUUUUAGCUGUGUCCUGGAUGUCGUUGAAGAGUCCAAUAAUUUUCCUUAUUCUGUUUCAUAAUUCUUUCUCUGUGUGUCUUUGUAAGAGAUAUAAAGUAUUAUUAAGUCUUCAAUUUCCAUGUCCUUAUUGUGUUUAAAGAAUUACCAACUGUUAUAAUCCCAGUGGGCAAUUUACACAUGGGAAAUGUGCUCAGUUACUAUAUAUAAAAAGCUCUAAUUACAAAUUAAUUUCCAGUUACAAGGUUAAAAAAAAUGUGAACAAAUGACACAAUCUAAAGAAAAAAUCUUACUCCUCGACCAUUUUUAUGCAUACCUACAACAUCACACAGACACACACACCGACAAUUUGUGAUUGAGCAGCUUGACUACAGAUGGCUCUAACGAUUUCAUGUUCCUAUUGCUUCUACAAACAGACAUAGCAAAGCGUUUACUUGACUCAAUAACACAACUUCUCCCUUAGUACAUGUUCAGGUAUUGACAAAAUGCCGGAAACUUUUGUAUUUGAUCAGAAAAGAUAAAUCUCUCUGCUUCAUACCAAUUAUCUGAUUUUGCAAAUCCAAGUUUAACAUGAUAUUGCUGUAUAUACAAGAAAAUACGUGGAGACUUACAGUUGUAAUACAUUUGUCAAAAAUAUU